AUGUCAAAAUUCCAUUGUGAUGUUUGUGCAUCAGACUGUACGAACCGUGUCAGGAUAUCAUGUGCCAUAUGUCCCGAAUACGAUCUUUGUGUCCCCUGUUUUGCGAGUGGAUCAUACACUGGGACACAUAAACCAUAUCAUGAUUAUAAAAUAAUUGAAACUAAUUCAUUCCCAAUAUUUGAUGAAGAUUGGGGAGCUGAUGAAGAACUAGCAUUGAUCCAAGGUUCACAAUCUCUCGGGUUGGGGAAUUGGCAAGAUGUUAGUGAGCAUAUUGGGGGCCGUAAUAAGGAUGAAGUUUCUCAACAUUAUGAAGAUGUUUAUCUAAAGAGUAAAGAGUAUCCAAUCCCAGAGAUGGAUAAAGAUUUUUCAUACAUUUCUACAAGUGAGAUGUCCAAGAAGAAGAAGAGAAGAUUAGAUGAACGGAGGAAUGCUCCGUUGCCACCACCAAGGAAACCUGUUGCGAGUGUUCCAUUGUGUCAUGAAGUGCAAGGUUUUAUGCCUGGGAGAUUGGAAUUUGAACAUGAGUUUGAAAAUGAAGCUGAGAUUACUGUUAAGGAUAUGAUUUUCGAUCCUGAUGAUCAAACUACGGAUAUUGAAUUGAAGUUGGCAAUUUUGGAUAUUUAUAAUUCAAGAUUAACUUCAAGAGCUGAAAAGAAGCGAUUAUUAUUUGAGAAUAAUUUAUUAGAAUAUAGGAAAAAUGCAAGUAUUGAUAAGAAGAGAAGUAAAGAAGAAAGAGAGUUGUUUAAUAAAUUGAAAGCAUAUGCUCGUGUUAUGAAUCCUCAAGAUUUUGAAGAAUUUUCCAAAGAUAUGUUGAGUGAAUUGUAUUGUCGUUCAAGAAUUCAACAAUUACAAGAAUGGAGAAAGAAUGGAUUAACAACGAUUGAAGGUGGGUUAAAAUAUGAAAAGGACAAGACUCAAAGAUUGGCAAAUUUACAAAGGUAUGGGUAUUCUAAUUCUACUAGUAAUAAUAAUGGAACUUCAAGACAUACGGUGAAUUCAUUACAACAUCAAUCUACAUCAAGAAGUAGAACUCCAUUGAAUGGUGAUGGAUCAUUUAUUAAGAAAAAUAAAAAUUUAUCUAUAAAUGAGAUUCAACAUUCAAAUGAUUUUAAUUUGUUAAGUAAUGAAGAACAAGAAUUAUGUUUAACAUUGAAAAUUUUACCAAAACCUUAUAUUGCCAUAAAGGAAAACUGGUGGGAUUUUGAAAAAAAAACGUGUAAAGAAUUGUUAAAGAUUGAUUCAACAAAAGCUAAUAGAAUUUAUGAAUUUUUCCGUCAACAAAAUUGGUUAUGA